AUGUCCUACGCUCUAGAAUCAAAGAAGCGGAAGUUCCACCGUGUUCUCGAAUCAAUAUCCAAACCUCUUACGUCCGACAACGCGCCUAAACCAGCCCCUACGGCGCCUGCGACGGCGCAAGACCGUCUCUCCGCCAACUUAUCGAUCAAGAAAGUACGCUUGGCCAGCGCCGACCGUUCGGAGCUCACAGCGGUGCGCAACUCAAUCCACAAGAUAUCGCGACCAGGGCACCGAAUAGCCUCCGCAAAUUCGAAUAAGCGCCCGACCUUUGUCCCUUGGGACCGCGAACGUUUUCUCGAGCGGUUAGAGACCUUCCGCCGUGUCGACCGAUGGACGUCAAAGCCGUCUCCGAUCAAUGAAGUGCAAUGGGCGAAGCGUGGUUGGAUCUGUACGGACGUCAUGCGCGUCGCCUGCGUGAGUGAUUGCGGCGGCGCAGUCGUUGUGAAGCUCCCUGAUGAAAUCGAUGAGCUCGACGGUUUCAACAUUGAAAAGGUGGAGGAGCGGAAGGAAGUCCGUGCGAGGCUGGUGGAUGAGUAUGCGAAAAUGCUAAGUAGUGCUCACGGUGAAAACUGUCCCUGGCGAAAUAAGAGCUGUGAUGCCACUAUCCAACAUCUCCCUUUGACCAAUUGUGAUACUGCCCUGUCGGGCCUUCACACGCGAUAUACAAACAUCUUGGAAAUGGGCGAUAAAUUACCAGCUGAUGAUAUUGUUCAGACUCCAGAAGGGCUUGAUCUUGAUGUUCUUAUCAAAGGACUUCCCGACGAAUGGUUCAAAGAGGCCGAGAAAGCUGCGGUAUCCAUCAACGGAGAGAUUCAGCCUACAAACAUUGACAACCAAGACUCAACAGAAACACCCAAAGCUGUCAAUCGAGCUGCCCUGGCGCUAGCAUUGCUCGGCUGGGAUACUGCCUCCGAUGGAGCUGCAGGAUUAGUCGGAUGUGGAGCGUGUUUCCGUCGCCUGGGAUUAUGGAUGUACAAACCCAAAGAUGAUGGAGACGUCACCGUCUACACUUCCCUCGAUGUGGCCGAUGAGCACAUGGAGUAUUGUCCCUGGAUCGACAAGGUAGCCCAAAGUGGCAUUGGGCGACCCAACGAGAAGUUGGCGGAACUACGUGCUGGGUGGCAGAUCGUCGCGGAGGCCGUAAAGGUCAAACACCGCCGCAGAGUUCGUACUAUGGCCUCCACUGAUACAUUGCGGACGGACCUAUGCACACCAACCGAGACUGCAGGCCAAGAAGAAAAUGCGGAUGCGAAAAAGAAAGCAGACCGCGAAUGGUGGGCGAAAAUUCGACGAGUUAGACAGGUUUUGACGGCUAAGUCACCAAAACGGAAAGCUGUCUUGCCUCAAUGA